AGCGAUGCUUUAAAUUUUUUAUGAAAUCAAAUGGCUUCUAUAUGUAGACUUUUGUUACAUCACAAGUAUGCUGCUCCAAGUACACCUAAUCUUGACGCUAUAACAGCUGCUAUCAAUGCGAAGCUACAACCUAUCUGCUUUCACAUUAAGAAUGACCCUAAUUACUCCACUUAUGUAUACGACCAGCAUUUUUAUGGUAUACUGUGUUCACCUCUAUUCGAGGGCAAAAGUUACAAGGAAAUAAACGCAAUGGUCGAGCAGAUACUGGAGCCAUUAGGUUUAAAAGGCUGUGUCCGUUUGAAUUGUCAGCCUCCGUCGCGUUUCCACAAACUACGUAAUCACAUUCGCUGGCGAUGGAACGUUGAUAAGUGACCUAAUCCGCACCAUGGUAAACACUGCGUU